GAGGGCGGCCAGAUCGGGUAAUCUGGACAAAGCUUUGGAUCAUCUGCGGAAUGGGGUAGAUAUUAACACCUGCAACCAGAAUGGGUUGAACGGCCUGCACCUGGCCUCUAAGGAAGGCCACGUGAAGAUGGUGGUCGAGCUUCUGCACAAAGAAAUCGUCUUGGAAACGACAACCAAGAAAGGGAACACGGCACUGCACAUCGCUGCCCUCGCUGGUCAGGAUGAGGUGGUCCGAGAGCUGGUCAACUAUGGCGCCAACGUCAAUGCCCAGUCCCAGAAAGGCUUCACACCCCUGUACAUGGCAGCACAGGAGAACCACUUGGAAGUGGUGAAGUUUUUACUGGAAAAUGGAGCUAAUCAGAAUGUGGCCACGGAAGACGGCUUCACUCCCCUGGCCGUGGCUCUGCAGCAAGGCCACGAGAACGUGGUGGCCCACCUCAUCAACUAUGGGACGAAGGGGAAGGUGCGGCUCCCCGCCCUGCACAUCGCGGCCCGCAACGACGACACCCGGACGGCUGCUGUGCUUCUGCAGAACGACCCCAACCCAGACGUGCUGUCCAAGACGGGAUUUACCCCACUCCACAUUGCAGCUCACUAUGAGAACCUGAACGUGGCCCAGUUACUCCUCAAUCGGGGAGCCAGCGUCAACUUCACGCCACAGAAUGGCAUCACGCCGCUGCACAUUGCUUCCCGUAGGGGCAACGUGAUCAUGGUGCGGCUCCUACUGGACCGGGGGGCCCAGAUAGAAACAAGGACCAAGGAUGAAUUGACACCUCUCCACUGUGCAGCUCGGAAUGGGCAUGUGCGAAUCUCAGAGAUCCUGCUGGACCACGGCGCACCCAUCCAGGCCAAAACCAAGAAUGGCUUGUCCCCAAUUCACAUGGCGGCUCAGGGAGACCACCUCGACUGUGUCCGACUUCUAUUGCAAUACAACGCAGAGAUAGAUGACAUCACACUGGACCACCUGACGCCACUCCACGUGGCAGCCCACUGCGGUCACCACAGAGUGGCCAAGGUCCUUCUGGAUAGAGGGGCCAAACCAAACUCCAGAGCCCUGAAUGGCUUCACCCCCUUACACAUCGCCUGCAAGAAGAACCACAUCCGGGUCAUGGAGCUGCUGCUGAAGACCGGAGCCUCCAUCGACGCCGUCACCGAGUCCGGCCUGACGCCUCUCCACGUGGCUUCCUUCAUGGGGCACCUUUCCAUCGUGAAGAACCUUCUGCAGCGGGGAGCUUCGCCCAAUGUCUCCAACGUGAAAGUGGAGACCCCAUUACACAUGGCAGCCAGAGCAGGACACACCGAAGUGGCCAAAUAUUUGCUUCAGAAUAAAGCCAAAGUCAAUGCCAAGGCCAAGGAUGACCAGACACCGCUCCACUGUGCAGCUCGCAUUGGCCACACACACAUGGUGAAGCUCCUGCUGGAGAACAAUGCCAACCCCAACCUGGCCACCACCGCCGGGCACACCCCGCUACACAUUGCUGCCCGGGAGGGCCAUGUGGAGACAGCCCUGGCCCUUCUGGAGAAGGAAGCAUCCCAAGCCUGCAUGACCAAGAAAGGAUUUACCCCUCUCCACGUGGCGGCUAAGUAUGGGAAGGGCCGCGUGGCGGAGGUGCUGCUGGAACGGGACGCACAUCCAAACGCUGCUGGAAAGAACGGCUUGACCCCGCUGCAUGUGGCUGUUCAUCACAACAACCUGGACAUUGUCAAGCUGCUGCUCCCCCGGGGCGGCUCCCCCCACAGUCCUGCUUGGAAUGGCUACACCCCUUUGCACAUCGCUGCCAAGCAGAACCAGAUGGAGGUUGCCCGCAGUCUGCUGCAGUAUGGGGGGUCAGCCAAUGCAGAGUCGGUGCAAGGAGUGACACCCCUCCACCUGGCCGCCCAGGAGGGUCACGCGGAGAUGGUGGCUCUGCUCCUCUCCAAACAAGCCAACGGCAACCUGGGAAACAAGAGUGGACUCACCCCGCUCCAUCUCGUCGCACAAGAAGGCCACGUUCCAGUGGCAGACGUGCUGAUCAGACACGGAGUCACCGUGGAUGCCACCACCCGGAUGGGUUACACGCCACUCCAUGUGGCCAGUCAUUACGGCAAUAUCAAGCUGGUGAAGUUCCUGCUCCAGCACCAGGCCGACGUUAAUGCCAAGACCAAGCUAGGAUACAGCCCCCUGCACCAGGCAGCCCAACAAGGACACACCGACAUUGUGACGCUUCUUCUGAAAAACGGUGCUUCCCCAAACGAGGUCAGCUCGAAUGGAACUACACCUCUGGCUAUAGCCAAGCGCCUCGGCUACAUUUCUGUGACCGACGUGCUCAAGGUCGUCACGGAUGAAACCAGUGUGGUGUUAGUCAGUGACAAGCACCGGAUGAGUUUCCCCGAGACAGUAGAUGAGAUUCUGGAUGUCUCGGAAGAUGAAGGCACUGCUCACAUAACUAUCAUGGGGGAAGAGCUUGUCGGCUCCAGAGCGGAGAAGCAAGAUUCCCGGGAUGCAGAUGGAGAGAAAGAGCUGCUGGAGUUUGUGCCUAAGCUUGACCAAGUGGUGGAAUCUCCAGCCAUUCCCAGGAUUCCUUGUGUCACACCUGAGACUGUGGUGAUCAGAUCUGAAGAGCCAGAACAGGCAUCUAAAGAGUACGACGAAGACUCUCUCAUCCCCAGCAGCCCGGCCACAGAGACCUCAGACAACAUCAGCCCCGUGGCCAGCCCGGUCCACACAGGGUUUCUGGUGAGCUUCAUGGUGGAUGCCCGGGGAGGUUCCAUGAGAGGAAGUCGCCACAACGGCCUACGGGUUGUGAUCCCGCCUCGGACCUGCGCGGCCCCCACGCGCAUCACCUGCCGCCUGGUCAAGCCCCAGAAGCUGAGCACGCCGCCCCCGCUGGCCGAGGAGGAGGGCCUGGCCAGCAGGAUCAUUGCCUUGGGGCCCACGGGGGUGCAGUUCUUGAGCCCGGUGAUCGUGGAAAUCCCCCACUUCGCCUCCCACGGCCGCGGGGACCGGGAGCUGGUGGUUCUGCGGAGUGAAAAUGGCUCCGUGUGGAAGGAGCACAGGAGCCGCUACGGAGAAAGCUACCUGGAUCAGAUACUCAACGGGAUGGACGAAGAGCUGGGCAGCCUGGAGGAGCUGGAGAAGAAGAGAGUCUGCCGAAUCAUCACCACCGACUUCCCCUUGUACUUCGUGAUCAUGUCCCGCCUCUGUCAGGACUUCGACACCAUCGGCCCCGAGGGCGGCUCCCUGAAGAGCACACUGGUCCCCCUGGUGCAGGCCACCUUCCCAGAGAACGCUGUCACCAAGAGAGUGAAGCUGGCCCUGCAGGCCCAGCCCGUUCCUGAUGAGCUAGUCACCAAACUCCUGGGCAACCAGGCCACCUUCAGCCCCAUCGUCACUGUGGAGCCUCGACGGCGGAAGUUCCACCGCCCCAUAGGCCUUCGGAUUCCACUCCCGCCUUCCUGGACAGACAACCCUCGGGACAGCGGGGAGGGGGACACCACCAGCCUGCGCCUGCUGUGCAGUGUCAUAGGGGGAACGGAUCAAGCCCAGUGGGAAGAUAUAACAGGCACAACCAAGCUGGUGUAUGCCAACGAGUGCGCCAACUUCACCACCAACGUCUCUGCCAGGUUUUGGCUGUCGGACUGUCCUCGGACGGCCGAGGCCGUGAACUUCGCCACCCUGCUGUACAAGGAGCUGACCGCGGUGCCCUACAUGGCCAAGUUUGUCAUCUUUGCCAAGAUGAACGACCCCCGAGAAGGACGGCUGCGCUGCUACUGCAUGACGGAUGACAAAGUGGACAAGACCCUGGAGCAGCACGAGAACUUCAUCGAGGUGGCCCGGAGCAGAGACAUCGAGGUUCUGGAAGGAAUGUCCCUAUUUGCAGAGCUCUCUGGGAACCUGGUACCAGUCAAAAAAGCUGCCCAGCAACGGAGCUUCCACUUCCAGUCCUUCCGGGAGAACCGUUUGGCCAUCCCUGUCAAGGUGCGAGACAGCAGUCGAGAGCCAGGAGGAUCCCUGUCGUUUCUACGUAAGGCGAUGAAAUAUGAGGACACCCAGCACAUUCUCUGCCACUUGAACAUCACCAUGCCCCCCUGCACGAAGGGGAGCGGAGCCGACGAGAGGAGGAGGACACUGACCCCCCUGGCCCUGAGAUACAGCACCCUCAGCGAGUCAACACUGGGUUUCCUCAGUGAGACUGACCGAGCAGACAUGAAAAUGGCUAUUAUCUCAGAGCACCUUGGCCUCAGCUGGGCAGAGUUGGCCCGGGAGCUGCAGUUCAGUGUGGAAGACAUCAACAGGAUCCGAGUGGAGAACCCCAACUCCUUGUUGGAGCAGAGCGCAGCCUUGUUGAACCUCUGGGUCAUCCGUGAAGGACAAAAUGCCAAGAUGGAGAAUCUCUACACUGCCCUGAGGAACAUUGACCGCAGUGAGAUCGUGAACAUGUUGGAGGGCUCCGGCCGACAGAGCCGAAAUCUGAAACCAGAGCGGAGGCACGCCACCGACCGGGACUACUCCUUGUCACCCUCUCAGAUGAAUGGUUACUCCUCGCUGCAGGACGAGCUGCUGUCCCCCGCCUCCCUGCACUACCUGCUUCCCUCUCCGCUGCGUGCAGACUGGAGCGAAGUGGCUGUCAUAGAUGCCAUGCCCCUGGCGGCCUCGGAGCAUGACGCCAUGCUGGAGAUGUCUGACAUGCAGGUGUGGUCUGCCGGCCUCACUCCCUCCCUGGUCACUGCUGAAGACUCCUCUCUGGAGUGCAGCAAGGCCGAGGACUCUGACGCCACCGGCCACGAGUGGAAGUUGGAGGGGGUGCUCUCGGAGGAACCCCAGGGCCCCGAGCUGGGCUCUCUGGACCUUGUGGAGGACGACACAGUGGAUUCCGAUGCCACAAAUGGCCUUAUCGAUUUGCUUGACCAGGAGGAAGGUCAGAGAUCAGAAGAGAAGCGGCCAGGCUCUCAGAGACUGGAUGACCCGACAGGUGCAGGGCAGGACUCAGAGAAUGAAGUGUCUCUUGUUUCAGGCCAGCAGAGGGUGCAAGCCCGAAUCACAGAAUACCCCACCGUGAGUCGGGUGAUGGAGAAGAACCAGGACAGACUGCAAGACUGGGAUGGAGAAGGCUCGAUUGUCUCAUACCUACAAGAUGCUGGACCAAGUUCUUGGCAAGAGGAGGUCACACAAGGCCCACACUCGUUCCAGAGAACAGUCACCACUGUCAAAGGGCUGGAGCCCGGUGGGUCUCAGGAGUAUGAGCAGGUCUUGGUGUCUGCGAUUGAGCACAUGCGGGUAGAGCAGCCUGAGGCGGAGAGCUCCCUGGCUGACAGAGAUCGGAGAGGACAAGGCCACGGAGACUGGAUGCAGGAGGCUGAGAGCGCCGUCUCCUGGAUGGUCGAGGGUAAUGAGCUUCAGAAUAUUCCAGGGGAGCAGGUGACCGAGGAACAAUUCACGGAUGAACAGGGCAACAUUGUCACCAAGAAGAUUGUUCGCAAAGUCGUGCGGCAGAUAGACUCAUCUGGUGCCGAUGACCCCCAGGUGGAGCUGAGAGGGAGUAGCCUGCAGCCAGACCUCAUAGAGGGCAGGAAGGGGGCUCAGAUAGUGAAGAGAGCCAGCCUGAAAAGGGGGAAGCAGUGAUCUCCAGGCCCCUCUCCUGGGAGUAGCCUCUUUGGAGGGUCACACCUCGACACCCAACCCCUGAACUCCACACACUCUGCCAUGCACACCGGAGGAGAGCUGGACCGGAGGGCGACAGACACGGUGCACACGUUCCUCUAGGCUCCCGGCAUGAUCUCUGUAAGAGACUUCCUUUAGUCUCCUAUUCGCAUGAACGACCGACUGUAGACGCAUGACCUACAGUCCUCAAUCCUGCCUCUAGUGACGAUCUCAGUCGGAAUCAGGAUAAACACAGCAAGCAGGGGAGAGAGAGAGAGAAAAAAAAACAUGAGCGGAAAGAAAAAGAAACACGUGCAAGAGCGAACAAGAUCGCAAGAGUGAGACAAGGGCUCUUUGUGGCUGGGGAUGGUAUUUCUUUUUCAAUCCUUUUCAUUUUGACCUCGGACAGGGUAGUUUUCUUCCAACGCCAUCUGUCAGAAAUCCAUGUGGGCUUCCUGUAAAGAAGGGAGGGGGAAAAGAAACAAACCCAGGACACUAGACAUGAAAUCAGUUUAGCCCCCAAAUCCCACGUCCCCAUCUGCCAGUCUUUCUCAUCUACCCCCACCUCCCCAUUCCACGUGUGAUUGUCCCUUCCACUCCCCAGUGGGAUCACUCCUCCCAGAACGUGCUACAUGACAUUCAGGACACACAUACACAUACACACGUUCACCUCUCCCCCAACUCAGUAUACACACAGAUUUUACUGUGAUGUCUGAAGCUGUAUAGACUCUGCUGUGGAUAAACUGGACUUUUUUUAUGUUGUCUCUCUCUCUCUCUCUCUCUCUCUCUCUCCCUCUUUCUCUCUCUCUCUGCCAGUUUCAGUAUUAAUCAUCUUCCAAUGGAAAAUCAUUACCUUUAGAGUGCAUUCGGGGUUCCUUGUGUUAGGGACUUAAGAAUCUGAGGUGAGGACCCCCAGGCUUAGCUAUAGGGCUCAACCGGAGCCAGCACCCCACCUGAAAGGGUCUUCUCUCUCAGUUGGGAGAGGGCCGGUGGCUGUCCCAGGAUUGCACCAGCAUGUUCAAUAGAGAAGAGGUUUUCUAUAUCUUCAAGCCCUUAGCUCAUAGUCUGUGUUCAAAGUGUAAACUGUACAGUAAUCAGCCUUGUGUAUAUGAAAAACAAUAAAUACUAUGCAAACCAAUAGAAACACUUUAGCAGUAUGUACAAAGCACUAACAGCUCAGCUCCGGAGGACUUCUCCAAGGCUGCGGGAGAAGGAGCUAUACAGCCUGUCCUUUUCAGUGAAAGAGGAAGGAAGGAGGGGUAGGGCUAGUGAACGGAUCUGCCAGUGCGGACACGUCGGUGACAAUCCCGAGGUCUCCCGGAGUGAACUUGGUGCUCUAACUCCAGGUGGCCGCGGGAUGGCGUGGGGGUGCGGGCGGUGAGUGUGGACCCUGGGCUCUCAGCUGGACAGCCUCAGCGUCCCCACCGAGACUGACCAAGCUCCUCUGGCCCCCACCUGGAGCGGCGGAGCGAGGGGACCACGCCUGACCGCAGGCCCGGGGACAGGAGAGCUGCUGGAGGAGCAAGCAAGCUGCACGACCAAGAGGCCCCGGGAGGAAGGAACUCGCCUUGGUGCCAACGGGGAAGAGCCUUAACGUUCCACUGGCGCCCGCCUCCCAGGCCGAGGGCGGCCCGAAUCAGCACAACGCGCCCGGCCCCCCGGGGCGGGCGCCCCCUCGGGCCAGGAGAGGGACUGGCAGGCUCUUCCCGGAGAGCCACUGCGGACGCACGUCCCGUCGCCUUCCUCCCCCGCCGCUCGCCGGGGGUGUCCCCGGGAGACGCCGAAACCUUCCAAGUAGCACAGAGCUCCCUCCGUGUCCGAGGCCCCAAGGCCCCGGUGCCGGUGACCUGCCCCAAAGAUCUCCCCGGGGAACGGGUACCGCUGACCCGCCCGCUCGCCGGGGGAAUCCCCUCCGUGCCCUCCCCGGGCCGAGUCGGGGUGCCACCAGGGGCCCGGGCGCCGCCGGCCUGCUCGGGCCGCCGGGAUCCGCGCCCUGAGCCCGCCGGGAUCCGGCCCCGACCAGUGUGUUGGCGGCGGUUUUGCUUUCGCUUUCCUAGCGGAGUGGGAGGGCGGAGAGAGCAGGUUCGAACGCGCGGCCGCCCUCCGCUCUUCCCGACGUUCGUGGAAACCAGCCUCCGGGCCCGGCCCCCGGGACUGCGCUCGCCCGGAGCCUGCUUUCCCAGCACAGCACAGCAGCCCGGCAGGGCUCGGCUGCAGCGCGGCGCCAGCGGGGAGAGGCGCCUGCUGCUCCCCAAAGCACCCCGCCCUCCCGGUGCCGCUCGAUCCGGGCCGCAGCGGAGAGGGCGGUUGCCGCGCGGAGCAGGGCGGAAGGGAGUUGGGUGAAGGCCCAGGGAAGCCAGGCGCAGGGCUCGCCCCUCUCGCCUCGAUUCUGCACCUCCCUCUCCUAGGUCGCCGCUGCAGCCGAACCCAGUAGCCCCUCUUAGAGCCCCGCGUGGGUCCCGCGGCUCCGGCUCCGCUUUGGCACCUUCUGCUCUGUCUGGCAUGGCUGCUUGGCCCGCCAGCCCCAGGCCCUCGGCGGCAUGGCUGCACGCCCCAGUUGCUAGUAGGAGCUGUUAGGGGAGGAGUUUGGGGUCUCCACCUGAUGCCUAGAGAAUGCUGCAGUCUGCACAUUAGAUGCUUUUUAGAAGUUUUGAAAUUACCUUGAUUUUUUUAAUUGUUAUGAAAAGGAAUCUUUUCUUGACUCUCUCCCACAUGCUCUGUUCUCGGGAGAGAAUGCCCCAUCCCACCCCCCCACUCUGAUGUAUAGACCAUUUAUUCUCCCUACACCAGCUGAACAAAUGUCAAAAUUAAUAAAGAAAUGGACUCAUGGCACAGGA